AAAAUUUUUAUUUUGAAGAAGUAGAGGAUUGGUCUUAUUCACCACCACAUUCAGUUGAAGCAAGAAAUACUUAUAAAGCUGAGAUCCUUAAAGAUGGACUGAACCUUCCCCCAAAUUAUUAUGAGGAUGAAAACUUUCCAUCAGUUCUACGCCAUGCUUAUGACGUACUAGCAUCGUUUAUAAAGGACAGAAGAAAUAUGUCUUCCAGACAACUAUGCGAAUAUUAUGCUAUUAAUAAU